UUUUGGAUUUCAGGAUCCAGGAGAUGCCCAUCCUCAAGGCAGCCAAAGAAAACGAUGUGGAUCUGCUGAGGGAGAUCUUUGCAUCAGAAAAAUGCGAUCCUUUCCAGAGAGGAGUAUUAGGGGAAACAGCCCUUCAUUUGGCAGCCAUGUAUGACAACCUGGAGGCGGCAGACAUCCUGUUAACAGAAGCUCCGUUCCUGCUCAACCUCCCCAUGACCUCUGAUAUCUACCAAGGACAGACAGCGCUGCACAUUGCCUCUGUCAAUCAAAACAUGAAUCUGGUGAAGAUGAUGAUACAGAGAGGAGCCGACGUUUCUACUCCCAGGGCCACUGGCAAAUUUUUCACUUUGAAGCCUAAGAAUCUCUUCUAUUUUGGGGAACACAUUUUAAGUUUUGCUGCUUGCGUGGGAAAUUUCAACAUUGUCAAGAAGCUUGUGGAGAAUGGGGCCAACCUUCGUGCUCAGGACUGUUGGGGAAACACCGUUCUGCAUAUUCUGACCCUGCAGCCCAAUAAGUCGGUGUCCUGCCAGAUGUACGAUCUCCUCCUGUCUCUAGACUCAGAGCAGAAGUACCCUCGCCUGGACAAGGUUCAGAAUAACCAGGGUCUCACACCGCUCAAGAUGGCUGCGGCUGAAGGCAACGUCACUAUGUUCCAGCACAUCCUGAAGAAGGGCAUCAAAACCCUGCAUUCUAUGGGUCCAAAAUCUUACACUCUAUAUGACUUGACUGAGAUCGAUUCCUGGGGGUCUCCAUGUUCUGUGCUCCAUCUGCUCGUUACCUCUAAGAAGGCUGAGGCACGACGGAUCCUGGACAUCUCCCCAGUAAAAGAGUUGGUGCACGAGAAGUGGCAGAGGUUCGGACGCCCCUACUUCUGGUUACUGGCUGCUGUCUACGUGCUGUAUAUGAUUUGUGUGUCUUUGUGCUGUGCUAACCGACCUCUCAAACCUCUAGCGACCCUCCCAACCAAUCCCCGGGAUAUAACAGUGCUACAACAAAAGGACCUUCUGGAGUCUUACACCACACCUGCGGAUGAGCUGCGAUUAGUGGGAGAAAUGAUCUCCGUUAUUGGGGCGCUGGCGAUGUUGCUCUUGGAGAUCCCUGUACUGAUGAGUACCCGAAUUAUCUCCUUGCCCCAGGACAUGGUUUCAGGAGGAUUAUUUCACUUCAUUCUGGUCAUCUUCUGCUGCUCAGUACUGCUUACACUUGCCAUGAGGAUCACCAACACUAAUGGAGAAGUGAUCCCUAUGUCCGUGGCUCUGGUGUUUGGCUGGUGCUAUACCAUUUAUUUUGCUCGUGGAUUUGGGAUGUUGGGACCUUUCACUGUCAUGAUUUACAAGAUGAUGUUUGGAGACCUCCUGAGGUUUUUCUGGCUUAUGGUGAUGGUCAUUGUAGGCUUCGGCACAGCUUUAUAUAUAGUGUUCCAGACUGAGGACCCCGCACAUAUGGGAAUAUUUUUCAGCUACGCCAUGUCCCUCUACAGCACGUACCAACUCUUCGUCAACGUCAUCAACUCCCCAGCCAACUACAGCGUCAACCUCCCGGUGAUCUUCAGCUUUGUCUACUUCCCCUUUGCUAUCAUUGCAAACCUCUUAAUGAUGAACCUGCUAAUUGCAAUGAUGGGAGACACCCACUGGCGGGUGGCCCAGGAGAGAGAUGAGUUGUGGAGGGCUCAGCUUGCGGCCACCACCGUGAUGUUGGAGAGCCGGAUUCCACAAUACUUCUGGCCUCGCCUCGGCAUUUUUGGAUCAGAAUAUGGCCUUGGAAAUCACUGGUAUUUAUGCAUUGAGAAAGAACGCCAGGAUGACGAGGAGGCUGUAUCGCCACAGACGUGCCAGGAUACUCAGACUGUCAGCAAGGACUCCGCUGCUUCUGCAAGCAACGACAACAAGGAUAAACUACUACCCAAAGCCCAGAGGAGGUCCAGCAGGGGGUGGCAGAUCCUUCGCCAGGCAACCAUUGACCAAUUACAGGGCACUGCUACACUGCCUAGAGACAUAGACCAAAAGGUCUAUUAUAUCUAGUAAUACGCAUGCACUGGUCCCCUACACACAGCACUGACAGCCGUUUUAUAGGUGAAAUAGAAUUUGUCAUGAUCAAUCAUGUUAUCUUAUCCCAAAAUAUGAUACUGUUCAUAAAUGCAUAUUUUGUAUGGAAAAUUUUAUUUUCAAUCUGUAUGGAAAUUGCAAUUCUAUAAUUAGCAAUAAACCUCACACGUCAGAUGCAUCCACGCGCCACUCCAGCACACUUAUCUUAUAAAAUAAAGACACAACAACUGUAAUUGG